GGGACACGGGACACUGCCGAGCACGUCCCCGAUGGGCACCAGGCUGGCCAGAGGGGCUGCCCCCAUGCCGCCUUUCCCUGGGUCCCGCGCUGCCCUGGGCAGGGGAGCAGGGCACGAGAUCCCGGAGAUGGCCUUCCAGCGGAGCCACCGGCUGAACCUGCUGCGCCUCGUCGUGCUGCUCCUCGUUGCCUUGGGCGGCAUCAAGUUCCUCUUCCGUGACAGCUUUACCCUGGAGCUGCACAAGCACGUCAGCAAGGACAGCGGCUUCUGGGGGGACACGGGUGACGUCGUUCAGGACAUCAUCCCCCAGAGCCAGGUUCUGGAGGUCCCUGCGGCAAAGAUAACGGGCCUGAAGCAAAAGCAGCAGGUCCCCAGGGAUGUCAGUGCCACCGAGAUGAGGCUGGUCCACCUGGACCUCAAAGGAGCUGCGCCCAGAGUCUCCUACCUGGAACAGGUGUUCCCCCUCCUGUCCCAGCUGGGAGCCAACGGCGUCCUCAUCGAGUACGAGGACAUGUUCCCCUUCAAGGGGGAGCUGGAAAUCCUCAGGUCCCCGUACGCUUACAGCGAGGAGGACAUCGAACGGAUCCAGCAGCUGGCGGAGCAACACAAGCUGGAGGUGGUUCCCCUGGUGCAGACCUUUGGCCAUGUGGAGUUCAUCCUCAAGCACCAGAAGUACCAGCACCUGCGGGAGGUCGAGCGUUUCCCCAACAGCUUCAACCCCCACGUCCCCGACACCCUGGCCCUGCUCAAGAGCAUCCUGUCACAGGUUUUCCAUCUCGGGGAGGGGAUGGACUCCAAGAACUGGAUGAGCCGCAACAAGGGCGACGUGGGCACCAUGUACCUGAAGCACAUCAAGGAGGUUCUGGGCUUCCUCACGGCGCAGUACUGGGGGCUGCGGGUGCUCAUGUGGGACGACAUGCUGAGGAAGAUCAGCGUGGGAGCCCUGCGGGAGUCCGGGAUAGCGAAGCACGUCUCACCCGUGGUGUGGUUCUACGCGCCCGACUUCGAGGCUGAGCAGAUCGUGCCGUUCCUCACCAAGUACGUGGAGAGCGGCUUCGAGGCGGUUUGGUUCGCCAGUGCCUUCAAGGGCACCACGGGGCCGGCACAGGCCUGGACCCCGCUGAGCUACCACCUGAAAAACCACCUGAGCUGGCUGCAGGUGAUGCAGGCCGUGCCACGGCUGGCCCCGCUGCGCCUGCAGGGUGUUGUGCUCACCGGCUGGCAGAGGUACGAUCACUACUCGGUGCUCUGCGAGCUGCUGCCCGUCAGCAUCCCCUCGCUGGCCAUCUGCCUGCAGACCCUGGUGAACGGGGGCUUCACAGAAGAGGCAAAGAGGAAGGUCCUGGAUGUGCUGGGUUUGGAGAGCGUGCAGCUGGAGCAGAGCACCUGCGAGGGCAGGGGAGCGUUCCCCGGUGUGGAGAUCUAUCACAUGGUGGAGCAGGUUAAUGGCCACCUGAAGGAGAGCAUCCUUAAGGCCCUGGAGGAGGAGAGUGCCAUCAAGGGCUGGUUCAGCCCCUACCAUCGGAAGCGCCAGUUUGGGAACCCCCGCAACAUGGAGAGCUUUGGCAGCAAGGUGCUGAAGCUCCAUGAGGACUGGGAGAGCUUUGUCCGUGACCUGCGUGCCCAGCUGGAGAGGAUCUACUUCCCUGACACGGUGGAGGAGUGGAUGGAGGAGAACAUCAACCCCUACCUGGACCAGCUGCGGGACCUGGUGCGGGAUUACCGGGCCAUCAUCCGCCUCAAUGCCCGCCCCAAGGCCACGUAGGGGCUGCGGCCCCCCGGCUCCCGCUGCCCCCUGGCUGGGCUUUGGGGGUCACCGUGGCAUGUGUUUGCUGGUGACGGCGCUGCUGCCACUGUCUGCACUGUACAGAGCCCCUGCAC